AAAACGCUGCGUUUUAUGUUCUUCUUCUUCUUCCCAAGUUCACUUCAACCUCAAACACUUGGUCUCUUAAUGGCUCACUCUCAGGUUGCGUAUUUGAUUCCAUUGAAAGCUGAUUUAAAGGAAGACAAUUCAUCUCCAAGGAUUACUUUAUACGAAGGUCCAAACAUCAUCGGUCGCGGCAACGUUUCAAUCGUCGAUAAGCGUCUCAGUCGCAAACACAUCACCAUUAUCGCUUCCACGUCUGGCUCAGCUUGGUUGUCAGUGGAAGGAACAAAUCCGGUUGUUAUUAGGUCUUCUGGUGACGGAGAGAGGAAGAAAGUGAAACCUCGUGAAGAGGUUUUAGUAAGUAAUGAUGAUCUUAUUGAAUUGAUCCCUGGUCAUCAUUUCUUCAAGCUAGUUUUGUUACCCAUUGAAAACAAAGGAAGCUAUGAAAGAGUUGCUAAGAAAGCAAAAAAGGCUGAAGAUGAUGUAGAGGCCAUUCGUCGUUUUUGUCCACCUAAUGAGAAACUAUCUUCAACGUUUCGGCUUUUGAGUGUUAAUGGAUUGCCUGAUUGGGCUAAUACAUCUUGUGUUUCCAUUAAUGAUGUCAUUGAGGGAGACAUUGUUGCUGUAAUCCUAUCGAAUUAUAUGGUCGAUGUAGACUGGUUAAUGUCAGCUUGCCCGAAACUGGCAAACAUUCCCCAUGUUAUGGUCAUUCAUGGAGAAGGUGAUGGUAGACAAGAGUAUAUUCAGAGGAAGAAGCCAGCUAAUUGGAUUCUUCAUAAGCCCCGGUUACCUAUUUCAUUUGGGACACACCAUUCGAAGGCUAUAUUUCUUGUGUAUCCUCGAGGAGUGAGAGUUGUAGUGCACACUGCGAAUCUGAUCCAUGUUGAUUGGAACAACAAAAGCCAAGGUUUGUGGAUGCAAGAUUUUCCUUGGAAAGAUGAUGACAAAGAUCCACCUAAAGGUUGUGGAUUCGAAGGUGAUCUUAUCGAUUACCUCACUGUUCUUAAAUGGCCUGAGUUCACUGCAAACUUGCCUGGCCGUGGUAAUGUCAAAAUCAAUGCAGCCUUCUUCAAAAAGUUUGAUUAUUCUGAUGCUAUGGUUCGACUAAUUGCAUCGGUCCCUGGAUACCACACUGGUUUGAACUUGAAAAAAUGGGGACACAUGAAGCUACGGACUAUUCUUCAAGAAUGCAUAUUCGAUAGAGAGUUCUGCAGAUCCCCGUUAGUUUAUCAGUUUUCUUCACUUGGUUCUUUAGACGAGAAGUGGUUGGCUGAAUUUGGAAAUUCUUUGUCUUCUGGUAUAACAGAGGACAAAACUCCUCUCGGUCCCGGGGAUCCGUUGAUAAUAUGGCCUACAGUAGAAGACGUCAGAUGUUCUUUAGAGGGUUAUGCUGCUGGCAAUGCAAUUCCGAGCCCUUUGAAGAACGUGGAGAAACCAUUCUUGAAAAAGUAUUGGGCUAGAUGGAAAGCGGAUCAUAGUGCUCGUGGUCGUGCCAUGCCACAUAUAAAGACGUUCACACGUUACAACGACCAGAAGCUUGCAUGGUUCUUACUAACCUCAUCGAAUCUUAGCAAAGCGGCCUGGGGAGCACUUCAGAAAAACAAUUCCCAGUUGAUGAUCCGUUCCUACGAGUUGGGCGUCUUGUUUUUACCAUCUCCAAUAAAAACACAAGGUUGUAUAUUUUCAUGCACUGAGAGCAACCCGAGUACUAUGAAGGCAAAACAAGAGAGGAAAGACGAAGCAGAGAAGAGGAGUAAGCUAGUGACCAUGACCUGGCAAGGAGACAGAGAUUCACCUAAGAUAAUCUCAUUACCAAUUCCUUAUGAACUACCUCCUAAGCCAUACUCAGCCGAAGAUGUGCCAUGGUCAUGGGACCGAGGCUAUUCGAAGAAAGAUGUGUAUGGACAAGUCUGGCCAAGAUAGUUGAUGAUAGCUUUAGUAGCUAUGACUGAGACUUGAGUGAGAUAGUGGCUUUAUGGAUUUUACUCACUCACUAAGCGAUCAACAACCAGACGGAUAAACAAAAAUUAGUGUGAAAACAGAUUGAAAUAUGUGGAUUAAUCCGGAUUAGUCCACCAAUGGAUAGGAUUAGUAUUGAUAAAGUUCUUUUAAUUUU